AGAGAGAAAGAAAGAGAGAGAAAGAAAGAAAGAGACUUUUCAAAGAUUUAAAGACUCAAAGCUGCACAGUAUUAAGACCCAGGCACAGAAGAGACGUGUUUAUAUCAGAAGGCAGUUUCCACGAAAGGAAAAUCGCCGUUUAGCACAUCUCAGACAUCAACCAUGAACGCAAAUCGUUUGGCUAUCGACGUGUUGCUCUUGUGUAUAUCCUGUGGAGCAAGUGCACUGGCAGCCUUUAAUCCCAGUCUGUCUUCAUCUGCGCCAGCCACCAAUUUCACUGAUACCGCCUCCUCCCCUCCUAAAUAUCUCACCGAGCCCGCGACUCUAGCCAAGACCAGAAGGAAGCGUUAUAUUUCCCAGAAUGACAUGCUUGCAAUUCUUGACUAUCAUAAUAAAGUCAGAGGAAAAGUUUUUCCACCAGCAUCCAACAUGGAAUACAUGGUCUGGGAUGACACUCUUGCAAAGACAGCAGAGCAAUGGGCGUCCACAUGUAUUUGGGAUCAUGGUCCUCAAAGUCUUCUUCGAUUUCUUGGUCAGAACCUUUCAGUCCGAACGGGAAGAUAUAGGUCCAUUCUGCAACUUGUGAAGCCAUGGUAUGAUGAAGUAAAGGACUACACUUUUCCGUACCCCCGUGACUGCAAUCCCAGAUGCCCACUGAAGUGCUAUGGACCCAUGUGCACUCAUUAUACUCAAAUGGUGUGGGCAACCUCAAACAAAAUAGGAUGUGCCGUCAACACGUGCCAUAAUAUGAACGUCUGGGGAUCCGUAUGGAAGAGGGCAACAUACUUGGUGUGCAACUAUUCUCCAAAGGGGAACUGGAUUGGUGAAGCCCCAUAUAAAGUAGGUGUACCUUGUUCCAUGUGCCCUCCAAGCUAUGGAGGAUCAUGCAGUAACAACAUGUGUUUUCCUGCUGUGAACUCAAAUUACCUGCACUGGUUCAAAUAAACAGACAAAAUGCACAUGCCCCAUCACAGAGACACUCUCCCUCAUGGGAAUUUGCACAACAUUCCUGCAUCCCUUUUUUGUACAUAUGGGCCAUAUAGGACCGUGGGUUGCAAGGCAGCAUGCUUUUUUAUUAAAUAUGUUCAUAAAUUAUUUUUCAAUGUCCAUAUUGAUAUUCAUUUAUUGGAUUUAGUAAUGGGACUCUACUGUGAUCUGUCAAGAUUUGAUUGGUGCUUACAGUAUUCAGAGUAACUAUGAAAGCCUUUGCCUUAUUUGUCGAGACUCCCAUUAAACCUUGUCAGCAUAUUCCCAGACUAAGUUUAAUGGGUGUCUAGAACUCAAUCCCUUACGGUUUCCCUUAAUUUUCCUGGAUUCAUUGCUGUAUAGGUGGUGGGGCUUGAAGUUUUACAUCCCUGCCAUUAAUGAUGUUUAAGUCCAAGUUAAACAUUCAGCAAGCAGCUUUUUUGAUUUAGCUGCAGGCUAAAUUUGAGUGCUUCAUCUGAGAUAAUAAGCUCGCCUUGAAUUUAAGAUACCUCUUUCCGUUACAGUCUAAGGGUAGGGAAACACAAAACCGAUGCCAUCAAAGCAACGCAGACUGUGAGGUCUGCUCACAUUGCCCACAUUUUGGCUACGUUUGUGAAGUACAGUACACACCAAACAGACAGCGGCUAAGUAGCACAUCCGGUCUGCGCCUGUGUGAGAUAAGAUAACUUUCCGUAUCAGCAGGUGGCAGUAGGGUGUUCAUUAUAAUCAAAACGGGAAACCGAAAGCGCUUAAGACUGCUGAGUUUCACACAAAUCUAAAUGACAUAUCUAUAAUGUCUUAAGGCAUAUCUUUUUAAAAUAUUCACGUAUAAGAAAAAAAACGAUAUCUGCUUGACCUCGUCGUUUGCUUUCGUUUUUCUUCCUGUGCACAAGUGGUGGCCGGUGACUUCUUUUUUCGAGGGCGCUUGAUGCGAAGUUCGUCACAACAUGUAUGUAGCCCGUCAUGUGUGUGGUUCGUAAUUUCCAAAUAAGUGUUCUGCGCGUCGAAUGAUCCUAUGUGCAUCACGUGUCAUGUCCAAAUAUGUCCCUUCUGCAGAUGCGUUUAAAGGGUUUAUGAUAAAAGAGACGCUCGCGUUUGCCAGAUACUCGCAUAAUCUCAUGAGUAAUCAGAGUUUAGUGUUAAGUGAGUAUCUUGCGUGUAUUUUGUGAACGUGAGCGUCUAUUUUAUCAUAAACAGUUUUGACGCGUGUGCAGCAGGCACUUAUUUUGACCAAUCACGUGAUGCACAUGGUUCACAUGACGCAACAAACACCUAUUUUGAAAACACACAUGACACGGAUGAGCCGUUACUGUUGUGCACUGGUUUGCUAUACCGCCAACAUCCAAUCACAUGACCAACUCACCAAAUCAAGAUGGUGAAUCGGCUAAAAAAAGGCGAUGGUGACUUACUUUAGCAGAUGGUGCACAACGAAAAAAUUAAGUCAGAUGAUGCUCAAAACGUGCCUGUCAGAUCGUCGGCUUGGUGUGUACGUAGCCUAAUUUAUGUAUAAGUUUGUCGUUUAUAGACUACGUCUCCUUAGAAGUGUACACACUUUGGUUCUGUGGUGCUUUUAAAAUGGUGCUCUGUUUGUUGGACCUUCCCAGCUCGCUCAACAAUAGUAAAUCAACCAAUUGUGUGAGUUUGGGGAGGGGCUACUGUAUCAAUGGCACAAAAUGGAGGUUUUGUGAAACCUGUUUGAAAACAAUAAUUAUUAGAGAUGCACCCCUUUAUCGGCCAAUAACCAAUAUUGGUCAAGAAAAGCAAUUUUUCACUCUAUCGCCUGAUAGUUUAAAAACAGCCAACAGUCAUGGCCGAUAUAUCCUGUAAAUCAAAAGAGAACAGUAAAUGCAAUGAGUUUGAGCUCUGUGUAUAGAAAAUGUAAAAAAAAUCACUAGUUUAAUGUUCAACAUUAUAUGAAUAGAUAACAUUCAGAAAAUUUAAUCUUCAGAAUUUAGUUAAUGCAAGUUAAUAUAACCACCAAACUAUUGGAAUCGGCAGCUAUCAGUCUGGAUUAGGGUUGCCGCGGUAACGUAAUUUUCCCACCGGUUAAUCUGCGCUUCACAAACUCGGUGAUCCCGAUAUCACCGGGUGGGAGGGGCUUAUAAAUGCGCAUGCAGACGUGCACAUUUUAUUUUCACUUUUGAAUGACGCAACUGUUUAAAUGCAGCGCUUGCGUAAGAUGCAUUAAAUCGCUUAUGAAUUUGCAUGCAAUGCGAGUGCAACAGCUGGUUUAAUUGAGUGCUUGAGUCAAGGUGCGCAGGUAAUUCUCACAGAACCCGCCAGUCCCAAGCACAGCAACCGGCUACUUAUCCAUAAAAGCGCUGCUUGAAUGAUGGGUUUAAUAUUUUUCUUGAUGAAAAACACAACAACAAAACGAUCUCGCUUAUAUUAAACAUCAUAUAUGUAUAUUAGCAAAAAAGAGUAAGCACGCGGCUUCUGUCAUCAUCUGGUCAGUCAGCUCACAGAAAUAAAUGAAACCUGACACCGGCUGCUCUGUGACAUGAUGCGGGUUGAGCUUCGCUGGAUUCAGGCAGCAGACACAUUCAGUUGUAAGUGUUUGCUCUCUCUAACGAAACUAAAUGAUUUAAUUACACGAAAAUAUCAAAACGACGGUGAAAGACGGUGUCGCGGUGGGCAAGUGAUCUAACCGGUGAGAGGCUGAAGCUCCGUUUAUCACCGUUUCACCGACUAUCGCGGCAAGCCUAGUCUGGAUAAUCAACUUUCGGCAGCGUCGGGGGUAAUGCAUUACAAGUAACGUGCAUAACGUAAUAAUAUUACUUUUCCGAAGUAACGAGUAAAGUAACGCAUGACUUUAUAAAUGUACACAUUAAUAUUUGAGUUACGUUUUAAAAAAGUAAUGUGACUCAUUUUUCAUUUGAGUUACUUUUCAUUUCAAUAAAUUCAAUUUAAAAAUAAAACAAUGUACUGAAAUAAAGUGAACAUAUUAACGUAGAGUUACGCACUCUGUGAGCCUGUCGGGAACAGUUUGAGUAAGAAACGGAGAUGGCAGGCCAGAGCUUGACAUUUUUGCGAUUAUAAAAAACACCUGCAAGGCCUGAAAGAGAUCAAGCCUCAGCCAAGUAUGAAAAAGUAACGCAAAAGUAACUUAAAAGUAACGUAAGCAUUACUUUCCAUGAAAAGUAACUAAGUAACGCAAUUAGUUACUUUUUGGAGAGAAACUUAAAGGGGCCAUGGCAUGAAAAUCUGACUUUUUCCAUGUUUAAGUGCUAUGAUUGGGUCCCUAGUGCUGCUAUCAACCUAGAAAAUUUGAAAAAGAUCAACCCAGUAACUUAGUUUUGGUAAACCAUUCUCUACAAGCACAUGAAAAAAUAGGUCGUUGAAAUUUGGCUCUCCUUAUGAUGUCAUAAGGAGCUCUUAUUAUAAUAAAACCACCCCUUAAUCCAACCACAGCACUGCCAUUUAGUGCAGAGAGAAAAUUAUUCACAGAACAAUUGAGUUUCAAUUUCAACAAUCCACCAUCAUUGCGAUCAGUGUUUGCAAUUCAUCCGCUCAUGUGCAUUUUAAAGGACACACCCAAAACGGCACAUUUUUGCACACACCUACAAAGUGGCAAUUUUAACAUGCUAUAAUAAAUUAUUUAUAUGGUAUUUUGAGCUAAAACUUCACAUAUGUGCUCUGGGGACACCAAAGAUUUAUUUGACAUCUUAAAAAAGUCCUGUGACAUGGCCCCUUUAAUAUUGUAAUGCAUUACUUUUAAAAGUAACUUUUCCCAUCGUUAUUGGUGAUUUUUUUUCUAUCGGUGCAUCUCUAAUAAUUUUUGUUCUUUUUUUAAACUACACAUUUGACCUUUCAAUCAUAAGUUCUUCAAAGGUGUGCUAGAGGACAAGAAAUUGUGCAAUUCCACAUAGCAUGCUGUAAGAAGCAAAGCAUGUAACAGGAUGGAAAAUUAUGCUGUACUCUCACGAAUGUUAAGGCAGAUCAAUAUGAAAACAUGUUUUUAUAUGAAAGUGCACCUUAAAUAGUUUUUUAAAAAUGUUUUAUUAGAAGGUUAUUAAUGAUGAUUUUUUACAUUUUGUACAUACGUCUUUCAUUAACUCACCAGUACAUGUCUGUACAAUGAAUGCAACACAGUGGCACUCAAUGGGGGGGGGAUAUGUGUAUUGCAUUGAUACAAUGUUUUGAUUUUACUCAUGUCUUGUUAAACUGCAUCACUAAAGCACUUAGGGAGUCUACCAACACCAUUCUGCAGCAAUAUGGAGAUGGAGAUUUAACGGGCCAUUAUUCAUUUUAUCUUCUGCAGAUUUAGGAUGUCAGAUAUGUGUCACACAAUUGUUUGUUGUCAUAAUAGAUUGUAUCUUAAAAAUUGUAUUGUGUCAUUGUAGACCUCUGAAAAUAUUAUGGUGCUGGAUUUAAUGAGCAUAAUGUAAUGUCAAUUUGGGGUUUGCAUCAAUUGCAAAACAGCAUGCCUAAAUGACAACUUUUUCAGUAACAAGGUAUUUAUCAUCUGAAAUGAACUGUAUACUGUACAGAGACUUUUUAUACAAAUUAUCUAUUUUAUUAUAAAGCAAGUGUUUGUUAUUUAUACCUGCAUUUGUGUGCAUCAUUGCAAAAUUCAGAUUAUCACAGCUCUCAAAUAAUCCAUACCCAAGUCCAGUGCCAAAAUACUUUUAUGGUGAGACUUUGGAAAAGAGUUUUAAGGCUCAGUUUGGAAAUUAUUUUGGAUUGGACUUUGCAUAUUUAUACAUUUUAACCAGUAUUAUUUGAAAUAUAUGUGUUCAAUGUAAAAUAUAAAUUAAUGUCGUAUUUAUGAUUUUUAUUCUGCUUGGAUGUAUUUGUAUAGUUGAAUAAAACUGA